AGUCGACUCCGCUUCCAGCUCCUGUCCCUUGGACGUCACCGGCCGAGCGUGCGGCCGUGGCCAUGUCUCGACGGAGGGCAAUGACGAAGAUGAAAGCCAGCGUGCCGUACGUUGUUCUUAGCGGUCUCCAGACAGCGGUCGGCGCCGUAGUGUGCUGUCCGUGGGAGGAGCUGCCUUCGCUACGACGCCCACGUUCAACGCCGGCUGCUUCUGGGCGGGGCUUGUGGUAAGAUCAGACUCUAUUCUCGUUCAUAAAAACUACAGAGUAAUAUUUUUUUGCAGAUUCUGACGUUGAGCAUUUACAGCUUUGUCCUGCUGGGCCUCAAGCUGACUCUGCAGAAAAACAAGCACUUCAAGAAAUACAGGCGUGUCAUGUACCACGUCCUAGUGGUAAUGUGCGUCCUCUGCAUCCUGACAACCAUAUCGGCUGCCAUUGUCGACAUGCUGGCUGCAUACAUGCUUCAUCGCACCGACUUCACCCGCUGCCUUCAUACCGGAGACACACAUCUGGCCGUAGACUGUGACUCGACCAGCUGUCCUUACCUCCAGCUCCCUCCCAAUACCUGCUAUUGCUGCUACCUCUUUGACCACCGCAAGGCCAGGGGUUGCCACACCCCCUUCCUCCUCGACAAACAGACCUACUUCGAGGGAGUCGAGUCUUGCAGUGUCCUCUCUGACCGACUCAACCCAAUGUUGACAACCGUCGCACUCCUGUGUGUCGUGAGCACUGCUCUGAGUAUCGUAUUUCUCUUCAAGAGUCGACCGGUUCGCUACUAUGUCAAGAGCGAGAAGGGGAAAGAGGAGGAGGUGGAGGAGGGAGAGGAGGAGGAGGAGAGUGAGGGGGAGGAGGAGGGAAAGGAGCUGCUGAGGAGGGUUUCUCACAGAGGGAAAGUGAAGAGAGACAAGGGAGGAGAGAGG